AUCCCCUUGCCUAUCGCCAUGGCUGCCUACAAGCUGGUCCUCAUCCGGCAGAACCUGGAGAACUGCUUCAGCGGCUGGUACAACGCCAACCUGAGCCCGGCGGGCCACGAGGAGGCGAAGCGCAGCGGACAGGCAUUGAGACAUGCUGGCUAUAAAUUCGACAUCUGCUUCACCUCCGUGCAGAAGAGAGCAAUCCGGACCCUCUGGACAGUCCUGGAUGCCAUUGACCAGAUGUGGCUGCCAGUGGUCAGGACCUGGUGCCUCAGUGAGCGACACUAUGGGGGGCUGACUGGUCUCAAUAAAGCAGAAACUGCUGCUAAGCAUGGUGAGGCACGGGUAAAGAUCUGGAGGCGAUCUUACGAUGUCCCACCACCGCCAAUGGAGCCUUACCAUCCCUUCUACAGCAACAUCAGUAAGGAUCGCAGGUACGCAGACCUUACUGAGGACCAGCUACCGUCCUGUGAGAGCCUGACGGACACUAUUGCCAGAGCACUGCCCUUCUGGAAUGAAGAGAUUGUCCCCCAGAUCAAAGAGGGGAAGAGAGUCCUGAUUGCAGCCCAUGGCAACAGCCUUCGGGGGAUCGUCAAGCAUCUGGAGGGUCUCUCAGAAGAGGCCAUCAUGGAGCUGAACCUGCCAACUGGCAUUCCCAUUGUCUAUGAAUUGGACAAGAACUUGAAGCCCGUUAAACCCAUGCAGUUCCUGGGAGAUGAAGAGACUGUGCGGAAAGCCAUAGAAGCUGUGGCCGCGCAGGGCAAGGCCAAGAAGUGAAGGCGUGCAGACAGACUUCUGCCCCGAGACCCUCCUCCCUGCCUGUCUGCCUCCUGCGCCCUUCCCAGCACCCGUCACUGACUCCAUGUUUAGGAUCUUAAGUUUAAGUUGUAGCUGCAGAUGGGGACCCGUGGCUCCCAUUUUGUUUUAGUCUUUUAUUCCCUGCACUCACUCCCUUCAUAGAAUCUAGUCAGAGUAACACCUCUAGGGUGCAGGUUAUUGGUCCACAUCCAGGGACGGCUCCCUCCCAGGAGAAUUGAGAGGUAGUAAUUACAGUUUUCUUAGUCCUUUGUUUACAAGGGUCUGCUUUAGGAGGUCAGGGAGGAACCAUGCUGUGGCCUGACCAGUGAGAAGCCUGUCCUGCACUCUUCUGCAGUUAGGUGACUGGGGGCUUU